GCUGUAACGGUACCAUUUGUAUAUGAUUGUAAUCAGUGCUGAUUCCAUCUAACUAAAAAUAUUAGUUUUUUAUAUAAUUCUCGAGGAGAGAAAAAUAUGGACACGAUUUUCAAUUUGGCUACGAUCAUAAUUACCAUCUGGCUUGUAGGGUACUUGUACUACAAAUGGUGCAAAACGUAUUGGCAGAGAAAAGGACUGCCAAUCUUAGAACCAGAGCCUGAAACGUGGCCAAAAGAGGAAGUGAGUCGAGAUGAACUGGUUAUUCGAACAUAUAGGAGGAUUAAAGAGAAAGGACUAAGGCACGCUGGAGGGUAUAAGUUCAUCUGGCCAACAUAUUUUCCUGUUGACAAUCAAAUUAUAAAGCGCAUCUUUCAAAAGGACUUUGAACACUUCAUGAAUCAUGGAACAUACCUCAAUGAGGAAGGUGAACCUUUAUCAGGACAUCUUUUCAACUUGGAGGGUAGUAAGUGGAGGAACCUGCGUGCUAAGCUGUCACCUACUUUUACAUCUGGAAAAAUGAAAAUGAUGUUCCCAAUAUUUGUGGAAUGUAGCGAUGGCUUAGAGCACUUACUCGAUCAAUACAUAAAAAAUAACGAAGCCUUGGACAUCAAGGAAGUGGCGGCACGUUACACCACUGACAUCAUAGGAUCUGCAGCGUUUGGAAUUAAAUGUAACAGUCUCAUAGAUCCAGAAGCAGAGUUCAGAAAGGUUGGACAAAAAGUUUUUGCUUACGAUCGUCUUAAAAUGUUCAAAUAUACUUUAAUAGCUUUGUUCCCCAAAAGUAUCUUGGUAGCAUUAGGACUGCGCAUAACUACAAAGGAGCUGGAGAAUUUUCUAAAGAACGUUAUAAGAGAGAAUAUUGAAUAUAGAGAGAAGAAUAAAAUAGUAAGGAAAGACUUCUUGCAUUUGCUGCUCCAGUUAAAAAAUAAAGGAAAAAUCACUGAUGAUGAUGAUUCGUUCACCCCUGAUGGUCAGAAAGCUGAGGGUGGUACUUAUUUGACGUUCAACGAGGUUGCUGCCCAGUGUUACUUAUUUUUCUUAGCAGGUUUUGAAACAUCUUCGACGACUAUGACGUUUGCGAUAUAUGAGUUGGCAGUGAAUCAAGACAUUCAGGAUAAAGUUAGAAAAGAAGUAAAUGAAGUUCUAAAAAAAUAUGAUAAUAAAUUCACAUAUGAAGCUAUGAAUGAAAUGACCUACUUAGAUAAAGUCUUUAAUGAAACUCUUAGAAAAUAUCCUCCAGUAUCUGCAAUUCCACGGGUGUGUACUAAAGAUUAUACUAUACCUGGAACAGAUAUAACUAUAGAAGCUGGAACCCAUUUCUCUAUUCCCAUAAUGGGGAUUCACUAUGAUCCAGAAUAUUACCCCAAUCCAGAAGUGUUCGAUCCCGAACGGUUUAACGAAGAAAAUAAAGCUAAGAGGCCGCCUUACACACAUGUUCCAUUUGGAGAAGGACCAAGAAUCUGCAUAGGAUCAAGAUUUGGACGGAUGCAAUCUCUAGUGGGACUGGCCAAGAUCGUCAAGAAUUUCAAGAUCACCCUAAAUGAAAAAACAAUAUAUCCACUAAAAUUUGACACUAAAUCUCUCAUCCUCUCCCCCAAGGGGAACAUGUGGGUGAAUGUCACUAGGGUUUAAUAGUUUCAUUAUACAUAUUUUACACAUUACAAUUGCAAACAAUUUAACACAUAUAAAAUAUGACAAUCAUACAAUAUGGAUCAAAUUUAUUUCCGCUGAGUUAGGGUUUAUUACCUGAAGCUAGAAAUAGAUAUCUAUUUUUAAAAUAUUGUCUACGCGCUUUUUGAAACCUAAUAAAAUAUGCAUAAAAAGUUAAAGAAACCUUAGAGUCGAGAAAAUGCGCACCGUGAUAAAAUGUGAAUACGGUUAAUAAAAUUACAAUUAUUAUCGUAACUUAGAUAUUCUGAUGAAAUUUACCAAGCUCAAAUAUGUAUAUUUAUUAUUUACUUCUCUUGUUUAACCUACUUCACAUAGUGCAUUUAAGUUGACAUUGUUUAAAAUUCAAUUCAUAUUUUUAAGCUGCUUUUGGCGCAAAGGCUCCUUAAAUUUUAUUACAUUUUCAAAUGAGAAAAAAUUGUUAAAAAUGAGAAUAAUAAAUAUUCUGUCUAAAAGUAAUUUUGGACAAAAAUAUAAUAAAAUAUUUUACUUAAUUUUUCGGGCGAGAACCUUACAAUGACCUAAGAAAAUAAGACGAAUAAAUUGUUAGAAUAUGACGUUACAGGCAAG